AUGGAUGUCUUAUUGCUGUCGAAAACAAAACCAAUUUCAACAUUGUCUGCGUUUAGUUUCAUUCCUCCAAGAAGGACCGAGCCAAAAGAGAGAACAUAUUUCAACUCCAACUCCAAAGCGCCGGAGACAUAUCUGUAUGACUGCAUCCACAGGCGAGAUGAAGGCUAUAAUAACAAGCUGCACAGAGACGACCGUGAGCACGCCAAGAGCAGAGGGCUAGACAUCCACGCUGAGGAGUCAUCGAGGCUUGUAGCGGUAUUGUCAUCAUCUGAAUACGGGCGACGGAUGCCACCGCCUCUAUAUAAACCAGGACGGCAGUUUGUUCGUGUGGCACGCAUACGUUCUGAGUUCUACCGGAAAAAUGGAAUAACACAGACAGUGGAGCAUGGCUAUGGAUCUGUUGUUCCUGUUUAA